AUGGAAUGCAUCCCGCCCCCAAAGACAACCCAAGACGAUGAGUUGGGAAGAGCUGGCGUUGCCGAGGACAGCGUGCUACAGCAGCCAUCACUGAAAAAGUGUGAUGGAAUCGGGGGGGAGCCUGCCAGACCAGGGUCGUACCGGUACGUGGUAUCCUUGGAGUUGAUUGAGAAAAGCAACAAAAAAUUCGUCUGCAGUGGUUCGCUCAUCGCGUCUCAAUUCAUAAUGACUGCAGCUCACUGUGUGAGAGAAUCGCACGGUGACUACUGGGCAAUCGCCGGUGUCCUGAACCGAACCAUCAAUGAACCAACGCAGCAGAAACGACGAGUGGUCGAGCAAAUUCCACAUAAAAAUUAUUUUGUAAGAAACAAUAUCCCUCGCAACGACGUGGCAGUCUUCAUUGUCUACUCUCCUUUUAUUAUGAAUGACUACAUUCAACCAAUAAACAUGGAGAUCGCGCCUACAGGUAACCUCUUUGUCUUCGUCACUGGUUGGGGGACACUUAAAGAACAUACUCCACCUGGAGAUGUUUUGCGUUAUGCAACGUCAAAAAUCAUGCCUCGUGAUGAAUGUCUGAAACAUAUACCCGAACUCCACGACCGCUCUAUGUGUGCCACUCCAACACAUGCAGAAAGUCAUGGCUGUUUGAUGAACAAGAGCAGACACAAGGACAACGAGACUUUCCGACACGUGUGCUGCAUUCAGAAGAUCGGACCACAUUACGGCAUGAGUGACAGUCAGGCUCUGGAGGCAUAA